GGCACAACAAGUGUGCAUCUUUUUCUCUGGGGUGGAAACGGGCUCGUUUGCUUUAUGCAACUGCUUUCCUAUCCUUGUUUACAGCUUUGCGAAACAAAGGGUUUUCCUGGUUCGAUAGUCAGUUGCCAGGUGGAGGGUACUGUGCACGUUGCCAAAUGCAAAUCAAUCGCGUGAUUUAAUGAAAGUGUCGGUUCGGGAUGAAUGAUUGUGGUCGGUGGAGGUGUGAGGCUAAGCCGAUAGUAAUCUGAAAGGUGCAUUAUAUAAUUAAGCCAAGAAAAAAUGGAAUCGCCACUAUAAACCGCAUCGCGCUCGAGGUUCUGCUUAUCUACCAACUAGAUACACGAGUACUACGGUUGAUGCUAGUGGGCGACCAAGUGCAGUGAAUUAAUCACGGAUUCCAGUAAUGAAACGCUGAAUAGUUCGCGUAUAAUAGUAGUUUCGGUCAAUGUUUCCGCACUCCGUGUUUUCGAGUGAUACAGAAAUUAUUUAAAUAAUUUUAGUGAAGAGAAAUGAACGGAACCUAAUUUCAUUUCCACCCCGCAAUAUGAUGAAAAGUGUAACGUGUAGUUCUUUCCAAGUGCGGUGAAUGUGAGCGAAGUUUCUCCGCGACCAUAGUGUCUGCUGUGCUCUUUGAGAAAUAGUGUUGUUGGUGAAUCUUUUUCAGAGGUGGUUUGAGUUUUCCUGCGGGAAAUACACUUUUGGGAAGAAGAUGAAGUUCAAAGCCUGGAAUCGUUUUCUACUACUUUUUGGAAUAAUCUUUCUUACCAAUUCAUCAAAUGGACAAUCCGACGUAGAAGUGCGACUAAUAGUUAGGAAAUAUGUUGAAAAAGGAUCAAGUGUGACGAUACAUUGCGAGCAUAAUGUGAAAAAUGAAGUUCUUUACAAGGUUUCGUGGUUCAAAAACGAGGCCAAAUUCUACGAGUUCGUGAACGGGAGGAUACCACCAUUCCGGAAUUUCAGCAUAGACGGAGCCGAAAUUGACUUUUCAAAUUCAAAUGAAGAGCAAGUGACGCUUAAAGGGCUAGAUUUUGAUGCAGCUGGUGUUUACUUCUGUGAAGUUUCAACGAAUACUCCAAUCUUCACGAAAGCAUCACAGGAAGAGCAGCUUUAUGUGAUAUUGCCUCAAACCGGACCGCCCAGAAUAUCUUUCAACAAGCGCCACUUUUUCGUGGGUGAAAGAUUGAUAGCGAACUGUACAACUUCAAAAGCUCGCCCAGCGCCCCACAUAACAUGGCUGAUCAAUGGGAAGAAGGUGGAUGAAAAGUACGUAAGGACUCUCCACCCCUAUGCAGCAGGUGGCAAGAACAGUCAUCGAUCAAAAUCCCAUCAGCCGUCACACCAACAGCAAUCACCCAAUAGUCCGCCAAUUGACUUAGUUGACGCCAAUAAGGGGUUGCGAUCGUCAUCGUCAAGUCGGAAAGAUGAAGUUGGUUAUGGACAUGGAUACAGCGGUCAGCAUGAAAGUCACCACCACGAUGGUGGGGGAUACAAUCUCUAUGGCCAAAUAGAACCUAGUUAUGAAUCAAAUUUCAAAUACUUUGACAAUAAAUACUUAGAAGGAAGGAAGCACAGGAAUUCAUUUACCCGGGAAUACCGCCGGUAUGUAAACGAUGCGAGCAGUGGAAACAACAUGGGUUCCGGUGUUAGCAGUAUUGGCUCCGCAAAUGUAGGAGCUGUUGGGAGUGGUGUAAGCUCGGGAAGCCUGGGCAUGAAUAGCAGUCCGUCGGCUCCAGGAGGAAGAGAAAGUGUGCCACGUCCACAUCGUCUAUCCAGCAGUCAACUCAGCAUUCAACUCACUGAACAACAUGUGGGUAAUAAUGGCAGAUUGGAAAUUACAUGUCUGGCAACAAUACCGGCACAUGUCGGAGUCGGCGAACAGUUUGCUGAUUAUAAAACAUAUUCGAUUAAAAUUGAUAUCGAAAAACCUGAGUCCUCAUCGUUGCCACCAAUGAGUGGAAUGGCGGCCCUCGGGAACACAUCGUCGGCGCACCGUAUACUGACUCGGCUUUGUUUACCAACAGCUUUACUUCUAUUUAUAUUAAAUCAAUUUUAAAAGUAACUUCAGUAUGAAACAAUAAAUAUAUAAGAUAAAUGUCUAAGCUGUUAAUCUGAUAGAACAAAAAAAACAACAACAAAAUAUAAAACUAACAAUAAUUUUUUGAGAAUUUAUUUGUAAAUAUAAAAGAAAAUAAUUAUAUACAGUAAAAUAAUUAGUAGGUAAAGGAUGUGGUGAAUUAAGUUAAAGUUAAACCUAUUACAAUUCUCAAUAGGGAGCAUUGAUUUUGUAUUUUAAAUAUUGCGGAUAGGUUGAUCUAAGAGAUGUCUAAGCAGCUAACGAUCUAAAUUAUAGGAAAAUCUAGCGAAAUAUUUAGAUCAUCAGUUAAUACUAUGGAAAAUAUAACAACAUGAAAUCAAGUCGAAAUCAAAUGUAUCCAAGUAUCAUAAAUUAGUCGAACUUUUCAGCGUGGAGUAAAAUCGCAUUCCCUUCAGAUGUUCGAAUUUCGAGAAGUUUACGUUUCGUUAUUAUUUGAGUUAUUCCGUUCGAUAUUCGAUCCACCUUAAAACUGUACAAAGAUAAAUUAGAUGAAAUUUUUCCAUGUUCACAAGACACCUACUGCUUUUAAACAAUGUUGAGAGAUUUAGAUAUUUGACGAGACUAAUGUAUUUGUUAUUUGAUGCUUUACAGAAGCUAUUUAUAACGCAUAUACAUACAUAUAUUGUUGAAACACGACGUUCGGAGAUGAAAAAAAUUUCAGAGAUAUUUAAAAAAAUUAUUUAUGUUGUUAUUUUGAAGAAUCAAGCUUGAAGAAAAUCAUAGUUUUAUAUCGACAAAAUAAUUCAUGGCAUUUAGGUGUACCUGUCUCUCUCCAAAUGAAUCAUAACUCAAAUAAUCUGCAAUUAUUCAAGGUGGUUAGUCCUCCUCUUACAACAACUGCAUAAUUGCACUGAUAAGUAAAAAUAUUUAUUCCAACUUAAACGGUCCAUUUGGGAUGAACUGAUCACCAUAAUGUAGUUAUGAAUUGGAAGAGAAUGUUUCGAGAAUAAAAUUUCUGCUGCUUUCGGAAGCUAACUGUUUUGUGAAAGUCAAACUGUAAAAUUAUAAAACAUCUAAAGUCUUAAUCCUAUAACUAUAAUCUAUUCGCACUUUUCUCUUUUAUACAAUGUAAUAGUCAAUAUAUCUAAAGUCUAAAGAAUUUAUCGAAGUGUGGAACAAAUCAUAAAAAAGUAAUUCAAUAAAAAGGUCAAUCAAUAUGAAAUCUGAAUGAAAUAGCUGUAACCGACAUAAGUAUACUGAGAGUGCAUAUAAAAUAUGUAUAAAUAAUCCAACAUUUGAUGUCCACAACCCAGCGAACCUGGAGAGUCAUCAGCCUUUCGUAAGAUUAUAAAUCGAUGCUGGGUGAAUUUGAAGACUCGACUGGGUGUCGCAUUUGAUUACCGGAUUCUUGCAUUCAAUUUUGAAGUAAAUCUGACCCAGAUAAAGCAAAAACAUGGAAACCAAUGAAGCUUAACAAGAAAUACAAUCAAACAAAUUUAAUCAAGCAGAAAAGGGAAUCAUAGUACCAUUCCCCGUAAAAAUUACACAACAAUGUAAAUUGUGUCAAUUUUGUAUCUUACAAUUGAGAAGAUAAGAAAUUUCUAAGAGAAUAUUAUUUUUUUAAGAAAAAUCUACUACAAACAAACUCUAUUCUAUCGCCAUCUAGAUAAUCAACUUUUCGUAUUUCACUAAAUCAAAUCAUUUUCUACUCAUAGCAAAGUAAUUUUAAUUAAAUUUCUCUAUUAAAUGAAAAAUACUUUACUUUAUAAUUAAAUUAAAUUUUUUAUUUUCACUUACGUUUUCGCUUUAAUCUGCGUUUGCAACUGUUUUUGAGAAAAAGUUCUGUAAAUAAUAUUUUUCCACGGAAAAGUUGCGGAAACAUGAAAAAUAUGCAAUGUGUAAGUUACGCGAAUGUAACAGAAAUUCGUAUGUAUGUAUGUAUGUAUAUAAGAGUAAAAGUUAUAGUCACGCAGUGAAUUCCAGAACGUUAUUGAGUGCUUUUUGUGCCACUAUGAGCCACUGAAAUCUCAAUUGGGUAAGUCAUUUUCUUACUAUUUUCUGAAUUAUCUUCAUAGUUCUUACUUGAGUCAACUCUCCAAAUAGACAAAUUGUGUAUGCAAAUAAACCUGAAUAACUCAGGCGUAUAAAUAAGAUACAUUUUAUAUAUGAAAUUGAAUAUCGGUUUUAUUUACUUUUUAAAUAUGAGUAUGUAUAAUGUGGUCAUAUGACUAGUUAUCCUUCUCUACAUAUUGAUGUUUGUACCUCUUUUUCCUAAAGAGACUAUGUAAGAUCCAAAGUAUUUUCUAUGUGCUAAUUUUUUCCAACUAUGAAUUUCAGGCUUCGAAAUUUCGUCCUCAUUGUUUUUCCCCCAAGCCCAGCUAAUUCUUCCCCGACCGUGAAUGCUAUAAAAUAGAUUUUUUAUAAAAGGCGCCUGGUAAGUUCGCCCACUAUAGUUCCCUCAACCAUUCCUCUUUAUUCCUUAAAGUCGUGGCCUUUAACCCCUUCCCGAUUCCAUACAAAUUUUUGUAUCGUAUAACGAUGUUUAUGCUACUUUCAUAACCAGCUCAUCAGUUGCCUCAUUGCUUUCUAAAUUAAAUAUGGCCUGGAGCCAAGAAUACCCUCACCUUGCCAAACGAACCAAGGGUAUUUAAUUCAUUAUGGCAUUCACAUGUCUGUUCAAAGUUGACCUGGCUGAACCGGGCUGACGGUCAGAAUCGCAAUAUACUAUCGUGUUCACAUAUUGGUUCCAAAAAAAUUUUCCGUAAAAUAAUGACCCCUGCGCCCGUUCCCACUAUGUGUGUGCUAGGCAACCAAUUGCUAUUAUAAUGUAAGCUGUAGGUCACUGGCAUGCUAUUCAAGUCCGCUAUAUUAUUCUAUCGUGUUUAAAAUUCCUUAUUGAAAUGAAACUUCGUUGUCGUGCUAUCCCAUGAUAUUAGUAAAUCUGGAUACCACCUAAAAAGGAUGUCAAUCUUCUUUCUAUUAGACAGCUCUCCACUUCGCUUAUACUUUCGGCCAUUCCGAAAAUUGUCCUUAUCUUCCUCAUGUGUAUGUGGAAAUAAGGAGGAGUCAAUCCCAUGAGAAUCCCCGGGGAUUCUUUUGGGCAUACCCUCAUUGCCCCAGUGAUACCAACAUAGGCCAAUUUUUGAUGUUUUUAUAGCUCCCUGUAGCUACUGAGCUUGGUUCUGUCUACCUAGAUUACCACUCCACAGGUUAUCAUUGCCCUUACUAUUGCAAUAUAUAUCGGAUGUGGUAUUUUCAAGAUGCAUCCCAAUUUUGUUAUUGCUUUGGACUUGCAAAUCCUCAUAACCCUAGUAACUUGAAUUUCUUACAAUACCUUCCUGACACUUAGCCCUAAAGAUUAAUGUGAUACCGCCGGCGAUUUUUAAGCCAAUAUUUAUUAGCUUCACAAGGAGUUCAUCACCUGCUGUAAUUCACGUUAGUGACAAUAUUAGCAGUGAACAACCUUCUGCAGUGCUCGUGACAAUAGAAUCGGUGCCUCUUCUCUAUAAUUUUGCCCUUUUAGAAAAUCGUGAUAAGGCACCUUCGAUAUCCAAAAACGGACACAGGAUUUGGUGUCUAUUGCACGGCGUAAUACAUCUGUUAGUUGAUACAGAGCAGUUUUGGAUGGUCGCUUUUGUAAGCAUGUAGCCAUGAACGAAAGGGAGAACAUUAGUCCUAAUGUAAUUGCCCAAGAUCUGCUCAACUAC